AUGUUUCUCAAACUUUCCCUCCUCGUAUUGGCAUUGCUUGCUGCACUGUCUUCUGUCUCUGCGCGUUAUUGGCUUUCCAAACCUCUUAUUGGAGAUGAUGAUGGAAGGGUCUAUGCUUGUUCUGAGAAGAGCUUUUUUGCUUUUGAAAGCAAUGGUAGCAUUGCAUGGUCUCUUCAUGUUGACUAUAAAUGCAACUUGGGUAUCGCUCCUGUCCAUGGUGGUCCUGGAAAGGGAUUUCAAGGAGGUAGUAUGGAUUUUCGAGAUGGAUUUAAUUUCGUUAUGAUAAAAGCCAAGCCAUUGAUGCCAGCUUCUUCACUAUUAGUUCUUGUUUCAUCCACUGAUGCUCACCCUUUUUUGAUAUACUAUGUAGCCGAUAACAGAAUAUUGAGGAUUAAUUACGGAUACAUUGGAAAUUCUGAGCCUAAAGCAGAAGUUUUCUUUGGCCCGGAGCAAGGUCAACAGACAGAGGCUCAAAUUAUUGGGCUCUCAGUAAGCACAUUAACCUCAACUGUAUUUAUCAACAUCAAGAAUCAAGGGCUCUUUGGGUAUCUGUCACGUGGACGUUUACUUUGGAGUGUAGGACCUGUACUUUACCAAUUUGGCUACCGUCAAGGAUGCAGAAAAAACCUUACAGAUUGUUACUUCGCAUCAGUUCCUGUGCUUGAUCAAUGCGAGGCUAAUAUUUAUAUUGCAAACACAGAAGGAGAGCUCUAUUGUUUGUCAGUUCGUAGCCGCCACUUUAGAUGGAUACAGGAUUUUAGCUCAUUAGACACGAACUUCACCGUAACUCCAGGAAACAAUGGUCAUCUGUAUGUUACAGUUCCAGCGAGGGCUCUUGUACUUGCACUGGAUGUAUUUUCGGGUAAUAUCUUGUGGCAGGGAAGUAUUGGACCAUUAAGCAAAGUUGACUGCACUCCAAUUGUAGACUCUAAUGGAUGGAUAUCUAUUGGUUCAUUGGAUGGAUUUCUUUACUCAUUUUCACCAACUGGGGUUCUCAAGAAAUUCUCAAGAAAAAAUGCAAUGAACUCUAUAGUUCAAGUUGGCCCUUUUCUUGAUUGCUCUGGAUUUGCAGUCUACUGUUCACAGAUAGAGAUGGAAGGAAAAGUUAGCCAUACAAUUGGUGAAUACACUGUUGUUUCGGCAAGUCGACCAAAAGCUGCAAUGUUCACUAUGUUGGUUCCUGCAACUGGGUCAAUCUAUUGGUCCGAAGGCUAUCCCGGUCAGCUCUUAACUUCAAUAUCCAAGAAUGAUCUAAGUCAGUUUAUCGUGAACGAGGAGAUUCUUCUUACUUUCCUUGCUGCCUCAAAGAUUGGCACCCUGCUUCAAUGCCGCAGUGCAGGCGAGAAGCUUGCAUCUAGCUGCUCUCAAGCAAGGACCAAGCUUGUCACAAUCUAUACAGGUAAUGAAAGGGCGAUAGUAUUGUUUCUGCUCUUUGAGUUUGCUCUCUUGGUGGUACUAAUUGGACUUGUAAGAUUCUGCUGUACAUUCUGGGCAAAAAGGAAACUCAAAGAUCAAGGCCUUGGAAGUUUCCUUGCGAAGCGAUGCUCUCUUCAUCUUCAAAAGAAAGCUUUAAAUAGGACAAUUUCUGAACUUGAGCAGAAAGCUGCAGAGAAAGCAGCAGACAAUGACGUUUUUGAAAAGUUGAGUGAUGUAGUAAGAAAAAGGGAAUGCAUAGAGAGGAAGCUCUCAACCAGCUAUAGUUUGGGUAGGGACAGAAAUGACUCACAACCGAAAUCUAUACUUCCUUUACAUAUUGGAAAAACAAAAAACUCAUUUCAGGGUGCAAAGCAGAAGAUGACAAUGUUCCACACAUUAAGUGAUGCAUCGUCCAGUGAAAGCAGCACUGAAGGAGAGACUUGUGCACUUCAAGGAGUGGAUUCAUCAGCCAAAGCCAAAGGGAAGACAACUAUGGUAGAAGAAGCUUCAACCUCAAGUGAUGACGAGUAUCAUAGAAGUCCUUUAGAAGAACAACAUAAAUGAAACCAAAGAAAAAUGUUUCUCUUCAAAAGUGAUUUAAUCACCUUCUUGCAAUCAAAAUUGUGGCGAGUCUUUCAAAUAUAGGAGUCAGUACCAAUUUUUAUUUAGGGAGAAACUGGAAAAUCUAAAAAGAUCAUAUAUCUUUUUUGUUCAUCGUAUAUUUAAGAUGUAUUUAUUUUGUAAAUGGCCAUCAUGUAAACUUUAGUCAUUAAAAGCAUGAAGAAUAAGGAUCGUGAGAGUUCA